GUGGAAUGGGUGGGACUUCAUAAAACAUGACUUCCGUUGUAUUUUGUCUUGAAAGUCAGACGAUUAGCAGGAGUACAUCUGCCCAGUGGCCUUUGAUGGACCAUCCCUAUGAAGACACAAGGUUACAAUGGGACAGAGUACCUCAGAGCAAGAGGUCCAAGAAGACCCUUCACCGGACAGAUUUGAUAACCUUAAGGCAAAUGUGGAGGAGGAACUACAGACAAGCACGAUGGUGGGGAUGGUGAUUGGUGCAGGUAUCGCCAUCGUUCUCAUCGCCGUCCUCAUUUUCUUCAUCUUGCGAAGGAUCAAACAUCGAAACCUGGAGGCUCAGGAGGCGCCCAAAUACCGCUUUCGCAAGAGGGACAAAGUCAUGUUCUAUGGGCGAAAGAUAAUGCGAAAAGUGUCACAGUCUACGUCCUCUCUGGUGGGUACAUCCUCCUCUUCCUCCUCUUCUCGACCUCGUCUGAAGAAGAAGCAGAAGAUGCUCAUUAUUGCCAAAAAGAUCCUGCGUUUUAAAAAAGAGGUGCCCAUCCUUCAAGCUAAGGAGCCCCCUCCCUCUGUGCUAGAAGCAGACCUCACAGAGUUUGAUGUGGCCAACUCCCACCUCCCUUCUGAGGUGCUCUACAUGCUCAAAAAUGUCCGCGUGCUGGGCCACUUUGAGAAGCCCCUCUUCUUGGAGCUUUGCAAACACAUGGUCUUUCUGCAAUUCCAGCAAGGGGAGUACGUCUUCAGGCCGGGCCAGCCUGACAGCAGCAUCUACGUGGUUCAGGAUGGAAAACUAGAACUGUGCCUUACUGGAAUGGAUGGUAAAGAAAGUGUUGUUAAGGAAGUUUAUGCUGGAGAUAGUGUCCAUAGUCUCCUCAGCAUACUGGAUGUUAUAACAGGCCACCAGAAGCCUUACAGAACAGUGUCAGCACGAGCUGCAGAGGUUUCCACUGUUCUCCGUUUACCUGUAGAGGCCUUCCUGUCUAUAUUUGAGAAGUACCCUGAGAGCCUAGUGCGAGUAGUUCAGAUCAUUAUGGUUCGUCUCCAAAGAGUCACAGUCCUGGCCCUGCACAACUAUCUGGGCCUGACCAAUGAGCUCUUCAGUCAUGAAAUGCAGCCAUCACGUCUUCCACCGCAGUCCCCCCACCCUUCACGUACCAGUCCGGUACGCCACGGGAAGCGCUUUGGCAGCCUGACCGUGCCUGAGGAGCAUCGGGAAGCUGCUGUAAAGGGUGAAGCUCCAGGAGGAGAACAAGGAAAGGAUGGAGGAGUGCCAAACCUUAGCAGAACGAUCUCAAUGCCUGUGGACAUUUCUGGUAUGCAGAAGAGUCUGAGGUCAGAUUUUGACAUGGCGUACGAAAGAGGACGCAUUUCUGUCUCCGCAGAGGAUGGCAACACUCCUCCCGCCUUCACUCGGUCAGUAUCACAGGAACAGCGUGAGCGGAGGGUGACUGUAGAUGAAGUUCCUUCUGGCAUCUACUUGUAUCCAGAGGAAGAUUCAGCAGUAGACAACAUUUUCACUCCUGUAUCCAGUCGAUCAUGUGCUUCUCUGUUUGAGGAAGCCCAAAAAGAGGUCCUCCGUCUCAUGAGGAUUGAGGACCCAUCCUUGUUGAGUGGGAAAGUAACUUUGCACCAUGCAAAGGCUGGGGCUGUUUUAGCAAGACAGGGAGACCAGGACGUGAGUCUGCACUUCGUCCUGUCUGGUUGCCUGCAUGUAUACCAGCGGAUGAUCGACAAACAGGAGGCGGUCUGCUUGUUUGUGACACAACCAGGAGAGGUGGUAGGCCAGCUUGCUGUGCUCACUGGAGAGCCCCUUAUCUUUACCAUAAAGGCUGUUCGAGACUGCACUUACCUGAAGAUCUCAAAGUCAGAUUUCUAUGAGAUAAUGAGGGAACAACCGAGCGUUGUGCUAAGUGUGGCCCACACCGUGGCCGUCCGCAUGUCUGCUUUCGUCAGACAGAUGGACUUCGCUAUCGACUGGAUGGCUGUCGAAGCUGGCAGAGCCCUCUACAGACAAGACGACCAGUCAGAUUGCACCUACAUUGUCCUGAAUGGACGUCUGCGUUCUGUCAUUCGUAAAGCAAAUGGCAAGAAGGAGUUGGUUGGGGAAUAUGGUAGAGGAGACCUCAUUGGUGUGGUGGAGGCCUUGACCAAACAGCCAAGAGCCACCACUGUCCACGCUGUGAGAGACACAGAGCUCGUUAAACUGCCAGAAGGAACGUUGAACAACAUUAAAAGACGAUAUCCUCAGGUGGUGACAAGGUUGAUUCAUCUCUUAGGGCAGAAGAUUCUGGGGAACCUUCAGCAGGGUCGUGGGCCAUUCUCAGGUUCAGCCCUCAGUUUGCCCAGUGUGACAACAAGUGCAGAUGUCACCAACCCAUCAAAUAACCUCUCGACAGUGGCUGUUCUACCCGUGUGUGAUGAGGUGCCCAUAAACGCAUUCAACUUGGAGCUCAGCCAUGCCCUCAGUGCCAUUGGGCCCACUCUACUUUUAACCAGUGACAUAAUCAGAGAGAGACUGGGAGCUUCUGCCUUGGACAGUAUCCACGAGUAUCGUCUCUCUGGCUGGCUGGCCCAGCAGGAGGACAUCAAUCGAAUUGUCCUUUACCAGACCGACAACAGCAUGACCCCGUGGACUCAGCGCUGCAUCCGCCAGGCUGACUGCAUCCUCAUUGUGGGCCUGGGGGACCUGGAACCGGCGCUGGGCGAAUUGGAGCAAAUGCUAGAAAACACAGCUGUCCGGGCUCUGAAGAAGCUGAUCCUUCUGCACAAAGAGGAUGGACCCGGUCCUUCUAGGACCGUUGAGUGGCUCAACAUGCGCAGCUGGUGCUCCGGGCAUCUCCACCUGAAGUGUCCCCGCAGGGUUUUCUCCAGACGCAGUCCCACCAAACUGAGGCUGCUCACAUGUAGGCGUGAUAAAAUCUAUGGAGGAAGCAGGAAUUCCUAUUGACAUAGUGGGCGGGACAUCGAUCGGCUCAUUCAUUGGUGCGCUGUAUGCUGAGGAGAGAAGUGCUGUUCGAACAAAGCAGAGGGCCAGAGAGUGGUCCAAGGCAAUGAAUUCAGUGUUUAAAACAGUCCUGGACCUUACCUACCCCAUCACCUCCAUGUUUUCUGGGUCUGCCUUUAACACCAGCAUUUAUAAAGUGUUUCAGGACAAGCAAGUGGAAGAUUUGUGGCUUCCAUACUUCAAUGUCACUACGGACAUCACAGCCUCGUCCAUGCGAGUACAUCAGGAUGGUAGCGUCUGGCACUAUGUUAGAGCCAGCGCAUCCUACACCCCCUAUUUACCUCCCCUGUGCGACCCCAAGGAUGGCCACUUGCUUGUGGAUGGUUGCUAUGUUAACAAUGUCCCAGGCUCUCUGUGGCGCUAUGUGCGGGCAAGCAUGACCCUCUCGGGGUACCUGCCGCCCCUGUGCGACCCCAAAGAUGGCAACUUGCUAAUGGAUGGUGGCUACAUCAACAACCUACCAGCGGACAUUGCGAGGAACAUGGGUGCCAGGACAGUCAUUGCCAUUGAUGUCGGUAGCCAAGAUGAGACUGAUCUCUGUAACUACGGCGACAGCCUGUCUGGCUGGUGGUUGUUGUGGAAACGGAUCAAUCCCUGGGCAGAGAAAGUAAAGGUUCCAGACAUGGCAGAGAUCCAGUCUCGGUUGGCGUAUGUGUCUUGUGUGCGGCAGUUAGAGGUGGUAAAGAAGAGUGCCUACUGUGAGUACAUCAGACCACCAAUAGAUCGCUUCAAGACCAUGGACUUUGGCAAGUUUGAUGAGAUCUAUGAUGUGGGCUUCCAGCAUGGUAAAUUGGUGUUCACCGGCUGGGCUCGAGGUGACAUCAUCGAGAACAUGCUGAGGGACCACCGCUCAGCUGACUAUAACGAUGGCAAGAGAACAGAUUCCUGCACGUGCCCAGGAGCUGACUUCACUGAUCUGGCAGAGAUUGUAUCCAGGAUAGAACCGGUCCAAAGCUACGUGACUACAGAAGCGGAGGAGUCAGACUGUCUGACUGAGUAUGAGGAAGAUGCAAUGGACACUGUCAGGGAGGAAGAGGGGGGCGAGGAGGAAGAGGAAGAGGCAGAGGACCCUGAAGACCACUCCCCUGGAGAAUGGGGACAGAAUGGGAUUUUUCAGACUGAUGAGGAAAAGUCUGUGAGGCAACGCAGAAAACUUACCAGUGACACUUCUGAAGUCUCCGACUGCUAACAGAGGGUCCCGGAGAACAGAAACUACACUCGUCUGAGUGUAGUGUGGGGGGUCAGAAACUGUGAAACCCUAAGAUGUGGAUGCCACACUCAGCAUCUAAACUUUCUUAAAGUCUGGAAUAAAAUUGUUUUUUGUUUUUUUUAUUUCUGGACCACUUUGAAAAAUCACCAUUCGUCAUGCUUUUUAUUUUUGAUUUAUUUUUGAGUCACGUUGCUUUAAAUUUGUGGUCCGAAAAUCUGAAUAGGAUGAAUCACCCCUUCACCAUUUCAAUACAAACCAACUUUUUGCCAAAAUCUGCUCCAAAACAGUAUUGUUUCCCUGCAAAUUAUGCAGUCUUUAUUUCUUUUGUUAGCCUGCUCCUGAGUUAUCUAUCGUUUGUUUUAAGGUUGGUUAUUUCAAAAAUACAAAGCUUUAUUGAACUAGAAUGUUGGCAAAACACCAGAAAGAGACGUUAUCGGUGCAUUAGGUUAUUGUUAGGAGUUACUAAAGUUUCUCAUGAAUAUCAUGUGGACAUUAUAGUAAUAUAGACUGAAGAUUUUUUUGUUGGACCAGUAUUAAAGAGCAAAGCAAGAUCAGAGUUUAUUGUGAUAUAGACUUAUUCAUAAUAUAUAUAUUUAGUAACUUGAAGUGUGAUUAGAUUAAAUGAACUGUGUGGAAAGAAACUGCAGUGACGAAUGAAUGAACGUUUCUGUUUGAGAUGUUUGCCGAUUUAUUUUAUUGCCUAUUUUUUUAGCCACAGUUCAGCUUCACUCAGUCAGCAUGACUGUGGUUUGAUCACUGGACUGACAGAACUCAGCAAACUACUCAGGGUUCCUGCGUAUCGCUCAACAUUCAUGACAGGAAAAAAGGACUCAACUCAGUAAUUAAUAGAAUGAUUUGAGCAAGCUUUGUAGUUCAUUAAAAUCCCCUAAAGCU